CAGCACAAGUCAGACUCUCAGACUCCCUCUACAGAGAGCGCUCCAGCACACAGAUACAGCCAUGGCACCUACAGUCACUGCAGCAAUGGGCUAUUCGAAGGAGCACAUGACUCUGGCCAUCAAGCUGAGAAAGCCGAUAGUGGAGAAGAUGCGCCGAGAUCGCAUCAACAGCAGCAUCGAGCAGCUCAGGCAGCUCCUGAACCAGCAGCCGGAUUCCAAGCUGGAAAAAGCCGACAUCCUGGAAAUGACGGUCUGCUACCUGAGGCGGCACAGCCAGCGCCAGCCCGUGAGCGCCCCCUCUGGGCCCUCAGCUAAAAGUGAAGGCUACUCCAGGUGUGUCCAAGAAAUCAAGCGCUUCCUCUCCCAGGAUGGGACGAAGGUGGAGUCCCAGGGAAGACUGCUGAACCAUUUCCAGAACACACAGCUUUCCUUGGAUAAGAGCAGCUGUCAGAGUGUCCUGCCUCAGCUGAGCUCCCCAGUCCAUCACACCAACAUCAAAGGAGAGACUCAGGCUAACACAAUCCUCUGGAGGCCCUGGUAGAGCACUGUGGACUCUUACUAAACCCUCAGGCAAACAGAAUUGAACAGUCCAGUCUGUGAUGGGCGAGGACACUAAUUCUCAGUGUGUAGAAGACUUUUUCUUCCUCCUCUGCUAUGCAGAAUCAGAUUUGCUUUCAGUAACAGGAAGCAAAGAAAUGUUACCCAAAUGUGGGAACACGCCGCACAUAUCGGGUACUACUUGUUGCACAAGAAAUUAUUUUAAUAAUGUUGAAACUGUGAUUCUUCUUGUUAAAAGGAAAUUGGUUUCUAACUCAGAAACCUGCCUUCAGUGAAGGCAAGAUUGUAUCUUGUUUAAAAAGAAUCAUGUGAAGAGCUUUUACUUUAAAAAAGUUUUAUGUAAAGCAACUUUUUGCCACUUUUGUUACCAGUAAUGAAUAUUAUCAGAUUUGCUUUCAGUAACAGAAAGCAAAGAAAUGUUACCCAAAUGUGGGAACGCACUACACAUAUCUGGUACUACUUGUUACACAAGAAGUUAUUUCAAUAAUGUUGAAAUAGCAUUUUUCCUUUUUAAAGAAAAUUGAUGUCUUCCUGCUAUGUGGAAUGUUCUAAAUUAUACUUUCUUUCACAGAAAGGACAAGACAUAUUACCAAUAGUUGGACAAUAAUAGGCAUGCAAAAUACUUCUUAUUACAAGACAUUUUUCGAUAAUAUAUAAGUUAUCAUAUUCCUUGUUAAAGUAAAAUUGCUGUCUAAUUUAGGCAUUUACCUUCUGUGAAGGCAACUUUGUAUCUUUCAUAAGAACCUUUCUUAAUAAUGAAAAUAUUAGCGCUUAUCUGAAAAUGUGGUUUUUAAAGUUUAAUGCCUAAAUUGAGCACUUGGAUUCUCUAAUCUCGUUAGUUUUAUUUCUGAAAUGUACAAAUUUGUACAUAUUUGUAGUAAAGUAUAAAUAUUUUCGUUAUAUUCUUUUUGAGAAAUCUUGACAUAAUUAUGUCUAUUCAUGCCUUUUAUAAAGGUGCUUUCUCAUUCUGUACACUCUGUUAAGGGUGAUGUAAAUGUUCUGAUCUUGGAGACGUCUUCAAGAUGUGGUUGUGAUGUUUUCUCACAGUCUGGUUUACAAUGUUUGUGGACACUUGUAACCUUUUUGUAAGGUACUUUUAAGAUGUAAUUGCUGUAAUCAGAAAACUGGAUUCUGUUACGUAAUUCAUGUGCAUUUGAAGUGGUUGCCCUCUUAAAGAAAUCCAAAUAAACAAUUGAGCCUUA